AUGGAGCCGCGGUGGCAUUACCAGUUCCGGGUGAUCAUGCUGGGGGACUCGACGGUGGGAAAGUCCUCCCUGCUGCGGCGCUACACCGAGGGGGUCUUCCUGGAUGCCAUCAACCAGACGGUGGGGGUGGAUUUCUACGUGCAGUUCGUGGAGCUGGAGCCGGGGCUGAGGGUGAAGCUGCAGUUCUGGGACACGGCCGGGCAGGAGAGGUUCAGGUCCGUGACUCGCUCCUACUACCGCAACUCAGCGGGGGGGAUGUUGCUCUUCGACCUCACCAACCGCGCGUCCUUCCAGAGCGUCCGGCAGUGGCACCGGGAGGUGACGGACGCCGUCCAGCCCUCCCGCGUCGUCUUCCUGCUGGUGGGACACAAGAGCGACCUGGCAGGGCAGCGGCGGGUGGCCCGGAGGGAGGCAGAGAAGCUGGCAGCCUCCCUGGGGGUGCAGUAUGUGGAGACUUCGGCCAAGGAUGCCAGCAACGUGGUGCAAGCCUUCCAGAUGCUGACCUUGGCCAUCUACCAGGCGCUGCGCAGCGGGAGGCUGGUUCCCAGCGAGGCCUGGGAUGGGGUGAAGAGCAGCAUCCCCCUGCCUGCACCCCUCCAGGUGCUGGAGAAGGAGGAGAAGAAGAAGAGGUGCUCGUGCUAG